AAAAAAAAUGGGAAUCACAGAGUAAGAUCUAUUACCUUUGAAAAAAAUUAAAAUUCCACCUGAAUAUGAGAAUGACUCUCAAUUCUAUUAAGAAGUCAUUAUGAAAUAAUAUGAAAAAAGAAGGUAAAGAUUACUAAUGGAAUAUCAUGAUUUACUAAAUAAAAAAUCAGAAGAAACCUAGAAUCAUCCAAAAUCAUUGCCACCUGAAGAAAAAUACGAGGAAACCUCUACCUCAAGGAUAAAUGAUAAAUUAAUGAAAAUGAAAAAGUUUUAACAAGAAUAUCGGGAAUAAUAAUUAAUAUAAUAUUCAUAAAAAGAGUAAUUAAUUGAAACACGAAGAUAACAAAUAAGUAGUGAAAGAGAAUUACGUGCAUAUUAAAAAGAGGUUUUAGAAAAUUCUAGAAUAGAAUAAGUAUAAAGAAAUAGAGAUAUUUUAUAAAAAAUAAUAACAGAUAAGCAUGUUAAACGAAGAAUGAGCUAUGAUGCUAAAUUAUAAAAAUGGGAACUCUUUAAAUAAGCUUAAUACUUAAUCCCUAGAAGUACUCGAGUAGAUGAAACUUUAGCUAGAUAUUAAAAAGGUUUGGAGGAUAAAAAGUAAUUGGAUUUAUUGAGACUUAAAAGACUAGAGGAGAGUCUUGAAAAAGCUUGUUCCAAAAAAUCAUAAAAUAUUGUUGAAAUUAGAAGAAGAGGAUUAUUAGAAUAACUUAAAAUUGAAGAAGCCUUAUUUAACAGAGAAAGAAGUGAGUAAGCCAAAAAAACCAAUUAACUAGAAAAAGUAUAGCAAAGAACGGUGAUAAUUAGACCAUCAAUGAGUGAAAUACCUAAAUAAAAACCAUAUCCUUAACCAAAAUUUAUAUGUUCAAAACAAUAAAAAAAGUUAAAUUCUUAAACAAUCUCCCAUUUCUCAUAAGAAAUUGUAUAACUUAUAGAUUUAAUCAACAUCCAUGAUAUUGAGGAGAAAUUGUUACAGGUUUGUGCCACACAAGAUAAGACACAAAGAGACUUAUUUGUUAAAACUAAUUAUUUAUUUUUAUAUCACUGA